AUGGCCUUUUCUCUGAGAAACGAGCCCCGCAGGCCCGACAGCCCCGACUCUGACUCUCCGGCCUUGUCGACGUGCAGCAACGCGGACGUCUUCCGCAGGAUGAACAACAUGCUGGGCAACGCUCUGGAUCUGACCGGCGUGUGCACUACUCCUAACAACAACAACAAGGGCAAGGCAGACUUCAUAUGUGGUAAAUUCACCAUGUCCGACCACUUGAAGUCUGACCCGAUUGCGGUGGGCACCAGGAGAAUGCUCUUCGCCAACUGCGGUGGCAUGCCUGGCUCCCAGGACAUGCCAUCCUCCCGUGUCCCGCAGAGCGUGGCAGACCUGGGCCUGGGCCUCAGGUCUCUCCGUUUGUCUUCGUCUGGCUGGGACAAAGCUUGGAGCAACCCAGAGUCUGAGUCAUUCUCCUCUCCCUCCCAGGUUCAGAUGAACUCUCCCUCAAUGCUGAGUAUCCUGAACAGUCCUUUUGGCAGUGUCCUUGGAAAGCCACCAGCUUACAUGCCCACUGAGUCCAUGAGUAUGACUGCUGACUUCCUGGAGAAGUUCCCCGGCAUGGCUCGUAUGUCUAACCGGUUGGACUCGAGCUCCUUUUUGGACUCUCGCUCAAGCAGCCCUGAGGACUCAGAGACAAGUGGCUUCAGCUCUGGCUCUGACCACCUCUGUGAUAUGUUGUCCACUUUGCGGAUUUCACCUCCCCUGCCUUACCUUACAUCAAACAUGCAGAAGGAUCUGCUGCGACUGGGUUCCCGUCUGGACCCCCAAGACUCUAGCUCUCCUCUCAGCCCGCCAUCCAGCGCCAGCCCAGCCUCCUCCGCGCUUUCUCGCCGCUGGCGCACCGGCUCUCCGUGGCCCGGCGCAGACAUUCUGGAUCCGUCAGAUGAAGCCUUUAGCAUUGAGAGGGAGGCACGCCUGCAUAGACAGGCAGCAGCUGUGAAUGAAGCAACCUUCACCUGGAGUGGUCAACUGCCUCCCAGAAACAACAAGGAUCCGCUCUACUCUUGCAAAGUUUUUCUUGGUGGCGUGCCUUGGGACAUCACAGAAGCUGGACUCGUCAACACCUUCAGUGGCUAUGGGCCUCUGUCGGUGGAAUGGCCUGGUAAGGAUGGAAAGCACCCUCGCUGUCCUCCCAAAGGUAAUGUCGCCAAAGGCUAUGUCUACCUGGUAUUUGAAAAUGAGAAAUCUGUGCGGGCCUUGCUCCAUGCCUGCUCUCAGGACCCCUUCAACCCAGAGGAUAACAGGGAGUACUACUUCAAAAUGUCCAGUCGCCGAAUGCGUUGCAAGGAUGUGCAGGUUAUCCCUUGGGUCAUUUCUGACAGCAACUACGUGCGCUUCCCUGCACAACGUUUGGACCCCAGCAAGACUGUGUUUGUGGGAGCACUGCAUGGCAUGCUCAAUGCUGAAGCGCUGGCCAGCAUUAUGAAUGAUUUGUUUGGAGGAGUCAUGUAUGCAGGCAUCGACACAGACAAACACAAAUAUCCCAUAGGCUCUGGCCGUGUGACUUUUAACAAUCAGAGAAGUUACCUUAAGGCGGUGUGCGCAGCAUUUGUGGAGAUCAAAAGUCCCAAGUUUACCAAGAAGGUCCAGAUCGACCCUUACCUGGAAGAUUCCAUGUGUCAGGUUUGCCUCCGCCAAGCUGGGCCUUUCUUCUGCAGAGACCAGGCGUGCUUCAAGUACUACUGCCGCUCGUGCUGGCACUGGCAGCAUUCCAUGGACAUCCUGAGCAACCACCGGCCCCUCAUGCGCAACCAGAAGAACAGGGAGUCCAGCUAG